AUGUUGGGGAGUGUCUUAAUAAUCUGCCUUAUUGUACUUUUAGUAGGAAUAAGAGUCAGAAUUUAUUUUAGAGGCAAAAAGUGUGAAGCUUAUAGGGAUAUAUCAAAUAUGACUAUCUUAAUCACUGGGGGGAGCAAAGGACUUGGAUAAGAGACAAUCAAACAACUGGCAAAGUUCAAUUGUAGAAUAAUAUUUGGUUGUAGAAGCAACCCAAAUGAAUUCUUAGAACAAUUACUGGAAUCCUUCCCCUAAUCCAAAAUCUAAUAUUUUCCUUUGGAUCUGUAGAGUUGGAAUUCAAUCAAGCAAUUUGCUGCAAGAGUGAAACAAGAAGUAGAUAGAAUUGAUGUAGUUAUAAAUAAUGCUGGAAUAAUGGGAACAUUGAAAAGAGAAUUCACUCAAUAUGGCAUUGAAGCUUAAUUUGGAACCAAUUACUUGGGUCCCUUCUUCUUGAAUCAUUUGUUGCUCGAUCUUCUGAAAAAGUCAAAUUCACCAAGAAUAAUCAAUGUCUCUUCGAUAGCUCAUGUAUUUUAAAACCUUGAUUUUGAUGACUUGAAUUGUGACAGGUGGGCAAACAGCUUGUUUUGGAGUAGAAUAUACACCUAUAGAGCCUAUGGGAACACAAAAUUUGCAUAGAUACUGAAUGCUUAAGAAUAUUCUGAGAGAACUGGUGUGAAGGCAUGUGCCUUACAUCCAGGAGUAGUGAGAACUGAGGUGCUGCAACAUUAAUUGUCUGCCUGGUGGUUCAAUUUGAUUAUGUCGAUUGCUUGGCCUAUUUAUAGUUUUUUCACAAAAGACAGUUAUUACGGAUGUCAAACUAUUUUAUUUUGUUUAAUGAUUAAAGACGAAGAGUUAGUUGAUGGGGGAUUCUAUAAGGAUUGCAAAUUGGCAAAGGCUAGAUUCACAAGCAGAGAGAAGGCCAAAAUGUUGUGGGAUGUGAGUUUGUAAUUGAUAUCUAAGAUUGAUAAUUUAUAUUGA